AUUUAGCUAACAAUUUGGAACAUCUUUACUUUAGUUGCCGUCUCUCACUCUGUCACUCGUUUUUUUCCCUUUUGGUACGACGGAAAUGGAGAAUAAUACUAAUAGCUACGAUCAGAAGCCGACCGUGAUGGUCACAAACGACGACGGAAUCGACGCGCCAGGCCUCCGCUCUCUCGUCCGCGUCCUCGUCUCCUCCAAUCGUUUUCGCGUCCUCGUUUGCGCUCCUGAUUCGGAGAAAUCAGCUGUUAGUCAUAGUAUCACAUGGCGUCACCCUGUUUCUGUAAAGCAAGUAGAUAUCGAUGGAGCAACAGCUUAUGCUGUUUCUGGAACUCCAGCAGAUUGUACUUCUUUGGGCAUCUCAGGAGCACUCUUCCCCUUAGUUCCUGAUUUGGUAAUCAGUGGCAUAAACAUGGGUAGCAACUGUGGUUAUCACAUUGUCUAUUCUGGCACUGUUGCAGGUGCUCGGGAAGCCUUCUUCAAUGAUAUACCUGCUGUCUCUGUAUCAUAUGACUGGGUUGGAGGUAUCAGCAGUGUUAGUGACUAUACCCUUGCUGCUGAGGCUUGCUUGCCAAUCUUCAGUGUAAUACUAGAUGAGAUUAGGAAUAAAAAUUAUCCUCUUAGAGGCUUUCUGAAUAUAGAUCUGCCUACAGAUGUUGCCAACCACAAGGGAUAUAAGCUGACUAGACAAGGUAAAAGUAUAUUCAAAAUGGGGUGGAGGCAAGUUACUUCUGAAAGGCAAGGAGGAAAGAUGUUAUCCUCAAUGGAAAUGGAGACGGAUUCGGCUGCAAGGACAGAAACUGAUACAUCAACAGAAGCAGGAGGACAUCUCUUGUUUAAAAGAGAGGUAAGAGGAGCCCAAGUUGAUGAUGCUGAUACAGAUAAGCAAUUUCUUCAGGAAGGAUAUAUUACUGUCACUCCUCUUGGAGCCCUCUCUCAGGCAGAGGCUGAUUUCCAGUCCUACUUUAAAGAAUGGCUACCAAGUGUAGUUCAACGGUUCUCUUCAUCAGCGUUAUAAUGCAGUUGAUAUCCCUCUGGAACUUGCUUAAGGGCCUGAUUGGAGAAGGACUUUUGAACUCGACUACUCCUGAAGUGAUCCUCCGGGUUCCUCUCCUCCCUUCCGUGCUCCGGAUUUACAUUGAAAUCCUAAGAAGUUCUAAUAUGAUUGAAAUCCGAAUAUUGGAUUUCGUUGUUGAUGUAUGUAUCCUCCUGUUAAUUGAAGAGCUGGUUUAAAUCUGCUUUACCCUAAAUAAAAGAAGUUCUAAUUUCACCA